AUGCAAUGGGGACCUCGGAUGCUGAACCACGGUUACACUGUCCACAGCCUUUUUAACUGGGCACCCGUCAGUGUCAUCCUUGAAUCUGGAUAUCAAAAAAAGAACGAGCUGCCGAUUGUCAUCUCGCCAUCUGGGGCAUCUGGAGCAUCUGGGGGCAUACGCGCAUCGGUAUGCGACACUGAUGCAUCGCCCCAUGCCCCGUACCCAAAAUCUGCUUCUGGACAGACUUGCUCGAGACUGAAGGACCUGACAGCGGAUACACUCUCCGUUACAGUUUUCCGUUGGCCUUCUCAGAGUUCUACGUACCGUAUCCGAAGACAGGAUUACCUAGAUGCCUAA